AUGGAUCCUCUUUGGCUUCUUCUUCUGCUCCCAUCCCUCCUCCGAGCCCAGGGGACUCCAGACUCCACACCAGGAGUCCUGGUGGAGUCAGGCAACAGCACCGAGUCUUUGACAAACAGGAGCAGAGCCCAGGACCCCUCCGGGAGCCUCGGACCCUCGGACCCCCCCGGGAGCCUCGGACCCUCGGACCCCUCCGGGAGCCUCGGACCCUCGGACCCCCCCGGGAGCCUCGGACCCUCGGAGCCCUCUGGGUCUGCAGCCUCAGCUUCAGAGGCUCCCACACAGGAGGAGGACGACUGGACUCCGGCUGAGACCUUCUUGUACACGGGAGACCCCUUCACUCUGGAGGUGGCACGCUGCUCACGGGCGUACAGCUCGGGGGGGCAGACCGGGUCCCUGCCCGUCAGCUUCGGCCCCCCCCUCCGGCCGGCUCUGGACGCCCUGGCGAGCACCGCCAACUUCCUCAACAUGAUCUUCCAGGCCAGCGACCUGCGGGAGAGCACGGUGCAGGAGGACAUGGAGUGGUACCACGCGCUGGUCCGGGCGCUGCUGGAGGCCGACCUGCUGGUCCAGCAGGCCCUGCUGACCUUCGACGCCGACCCCACCAGCCCGGUGCCACAGCUGGUGCUGCGAGCCACCCGCAACCCCACGGCCAAGGUGCAGACCAUCAUCCUCCAGGACCUAUCCAAGGCCUGGCAGAGCCUGCACCCCCCCGCCCCGGCCCCCGACGACAGCUGGUUCACCAGCUUCAAGUUCCCAGAGUCCAACCAGCCGAUGGCGGCCCUGUCUAAACGGGUGCUGCUCAAUGACCUCAGCACCUUGGACACGCCCAAGUGGGGGCAGGGGGACAGCUACGUGACCAAUCGCAGCGGCGUGCGCUGGGCCAGCGCCCCCUACCUGGACUGUGAGGACGGGCGCUUUGUCCCCGGAUGGAUGCUGACGCUGUCCACGUCUUUCUACGGCCUCAAGCCCGACCUGACACCCGAGUUCAGAGGUGUGAUCCGUGUGGACGUCAACAUCCAGGACAUCGACUUGGACCAGUGUGCCACAGGAGACAGCUGGUUUGCAGACACACACCAGUGCAACCGCACCAGCAUGGAGUGUGUGCCAGAACCAGGCCGCGGCUUCCGCCUGGGUCAGUACUGCUGCCGCUGUAAAGAAGGCUUCUUCAACCCGGAGACGAUUCCUCUGGACUCAGAUGGCGGCCCCGUGAACGGGAGUGACGGCGGCGGUGGCGUGUGUUACCCGAACAUGCCCAUCUGUCUCCCGUGCUGGCCGGGCUGUAAGAGCUGUGAGGACGGCGCCCCCUGCUGGGUGCAGGAGGACUGGCUCCUCAGGGCCGCCGUGCUGGCCCUCCAGGGGGUCUUCAUGCUCCUCAUCUUCGUCAGCAUGCUGGCGGCCUACAGGCACCGUCGGAACCGGCGGAUCCGAGCGUCCGGCCUCCUGCUGCUGGAGAUGAUCUUGUUCGGCUCUCUGCUCCUCUACUUCCCGGUUUUCAUCCUCUACUUCAAGCCGAGCACCUUCAGGUGCAUCCUGCUGCGCUGGGUCCGGAUGCUCGGCUUCUCCAUCGUCUACGGCACCGUCGCUCUGAAGAUGUACAGGGUGCUGAAGGUGUUCCUCUCACGCACGGCCCAGCGGGUGCCCUACAUGUCCAGCCUGCACCUGCUGAGGAUCCUGGGAGUCAUGCUGAUGACGGUCAGCUGGUUCCUGUGUGCCUGGACGGUGGGCGUCCUCCAGAACCGCGACAGGAACAUCCCGGUGUUCGUCACCACCAACACGACCGAGGGACAGGGCUUCAACCUGUGUUACCUGGACCGCUGGGACUACAUGAUGGCCGUGGCCGAGCUCCUGUUCCUGUGCUGGGGAAGCUCCCUGUGGACGGCGGUCCGGCCGGUGCCCUCGGCCUUCCACGAGCCUCGCUACAUGGGCAUCGCCAUCCACAACGAGCUGCUCCUCUCCUCCAUGUUCCACCUGUUCAGGUUCACCUACCCCUCUCUCCAUCCCGACUGGAUGCUGCUGCUCUCCUUCACGCACACUCACGUCACCAUCACUGUGACGCUCGCCCUGCUCUUCAUCCCCAAGUUUCUUCAUGUGUCCAAGCCGGGGAGGGAGGAGAUCGCAGCGGAGGUGUAUGAAGACGAGGUGGACCUGCGGCGCUCCUACCUGAACAGCAGCUUCCACUCGGCUUGGAGCGAGCACAGUGUGGACCCCGAGGACUUCCGGGAUGAGCUGAAGAAGUUAUAUGCCCAGUUAGAAGUCCACAAGACGAAGAAGAUGACCGCUAACAACCCCCAUCUCUCAAAGAAGCGGAGCUCUCGAUGUGCCCUGGGGAGAUCCAUUAUUAAACGCAUCGCUGAGAUCCCAGAAUCCAUGAGCCGACAGUGCAGCCGCGAGGACAGAGAUGGAUCCUUCCACAGUAGAAGUGUGAACAUGUCCGACUCCUUCAGGAGGCCCCCGGACGCCGUCAGUAUCAGUUACAAAAGUUCAAUGAAGUCUCCGUCACCGUCCAUGCGCAAGUCCCAGAGUGAGCAUCACUACGUCAGAGAACGAGACAACUCCAUGCGCGGCUCCAUGUUAAAGGCCCACGUUGUGAAGACGCCCUCCCAGCGAUCUCAGACGGACUCCUUAGAUAUUCCUCCGGGGGUUUGUAAGUCCGCCAGCGCCCAGAACCUGACUAUUGAUAUCAACCUCCUGCAUCCCGAUCACACCAGACUCCACAAGUCCUGGAGUCUCACCUCCACUUCCGCCCAUUCUGUGCAAAAUACACCGAAGGUUAACAGAGCCAGAACAGUGCUGACGAGGUCCCGGCAGAGCAUUUCCAUCAGUGACCAGACCAGGAGUGCUCUCCAGUCCGAGUCGUUUGACAAGGCGGAGGUCUGUCCUUGGGAGAUGGAGCAAGAGUUGACAGGCGAUAGGAAUCAGAAGCAUGUCACCUACGCAACCUCUGAGGACAGUGAGGAACAAAGGCCAGCAUCUCCACAGGUACUUGUCUGUCCCUGGGACCAUUUACCGCCCGUCCAGAAGAUUCCUUCUGAGGACAAAGGACUUCAAGGUGAAAGUGAGUCACCCAAACCACAAGCUCCUGUUUCUGCAAGCGCACCGGGCUCUCCAAGACCGAAGGUCACCAAAGAUCAGCGUGUCUUCUCCUUCCGCACCACCUCCAGUAAGUGGCUCUCUGUGAAGUCAGCCAUGGGGUCCAUGGAUUCAGGAAGCAGAUCCAGCAAGGAUGGACAUUUAAAUAAAGAAGAUUCCAUCUCACAAAGAAGCCAGGAAAGUGCUUCUACAACACCAAGAUUGGGAUCAUCUAGCAGACGUCCAAGCAUUGAGAAGAGGGCACUGAAGAAAAGAAGCAUGACGACAUCAGAAGGAAAACCAUGCCUUGUAAAGCAGCAUGCAAUCAGACUGUCCUCUGGGGAUUCCUCGGACAGAAGCCCAAGAAAGCUUGUGAUUGUAAAAUCUGGAGUAUACCCAUGGGACGUGGAUGAUAUGCAAAAAGACGGCACCUACGAAAACGUGUUUCUAUCAAGGCAGAACAGCAAGCGCAGCAGUAUCGGCUCCUGGGACACCGCUAGCAGCUCAAGAACUCCUUCCACUCACAGGAGAGGCAGUUAUAGAAUUACUCCGGCCCGCAGUGUGGCUCAUGCAGAUGUGUGUCCAUGGGAGGGAGCUGGUGCUCCGCAGCAAGGAGAAGGACCAAAGAAGCAGCAGAGCAUUAAAGCAGACGUCUGCCCUUGGGAAUCCCAGGUACCUGAAGUAUCUAAUGUUUGUCCAUGGGACUCUCAAGACCAAGGGAAUGUGAGAAGACAAGGAAGUGGUCGUGGUGAAGUGCGUCCGUGGGAAUCUGCAGAUAUUCCUGUCAUCGCUCAUGCUACUCUGUCCAAAGAUUCACAGAGACAACAGUCUUUAAAACCUGCAGCAGACAUAUGUCCCUGGGAGACGGCAGAAACUCCCCAGCCUUCAGUGAGACCAGAUAACGAAUAUACUAAUAUUUGUCCCUGGGAUGUUCAGGACAAAGCGGAAGUCAUAUAUGAAAAUCUAAAUCCUUUGCAGACCAAGGGAACGUUGGCAGUUCCCCAUCGGCAAGAGGUUAUGAAACCUGUCGUGUAUCCCGCUACAGCCACAGAAAUGGUAAAUAAUGAGCAACAAUUCAAAUCAUUAUCAGCUAUUCAUGAUUGGGGUAAACAAGGGACCAAGACAUCGGAAAGUUGUCCAUGGGAAUUCCCUGAUCCUCCUCAAAUCGUGGAAGUUAUUUGUCCGUGGGACGAGGGAAGCACAGACUCGUCUUCGCAAAUGACCAUCAAGGUAGAUGUGUGUCCCUGGGAGACUGGAAAUCAGGAGGGACCAGGAGACUCACAAGAGGACGUCUCCGCUGGUACAGAUGCACAGAUUCCGACUGAAGGAAAAGACAACACAAGAGUAAAUGUAUGUCCCUGGGACAUCGAGUCCCCUGAAAGAAAUGCAGCUCCCAAGAUGGCAUCACAAGGGCUGGAACGACAAGCAGAUGUUUGUCCAUGGGAAACUGCAGGACCAGAAUCAGGUAAGCCAGAGACCCCCAAAAUAUCCGACAGUCAUUUAAGACAAGACACAGCUCCGGGAAAUGUUUGUCCGUGGGACACAGAAGAAACAAAGGUCCUCAAAAAGCAAGACAGCACUCGGGCAGAUGUUUGUCCGUGGGACACAGAAGAACCAAAAGUUCUUAAAAAACAAGACACAGCUCAGGGAAAUGUUUGUCCGUGGGACACAGAAGAACCAAAGGUUCUCAAAAAGCAAGACAGCACUCGGGCAGAUGUUUGUCCGUGGGACACAGAAGAACCAAAGGUUCUCAAAAAACAAGACAGCACUCGGGCAGAUGUUUGUCCGUGGGACACAGAAGAACCAAAGGUUCUCAAAAAACAAGACAGCACUCGGGCAGAUGUUUGUCCGUGGGACACAGGAGAACCAAAGGUUCUCCAAAAACAAGACAGCACUCGCGCAGAUGUUUGUCCGUGGGACACAGAAGAACCAAAGGUUCUCAAAAAACAAGACAGCGCUGUGGGAGAUGUUUGUCCGUGGGACACAGAAGAACCAAAAGUUCUCGAAAAACCAGACAGCUCUGUGGCAGAUGUUUGUCCGUGGGACACAGAAGAACCAAAGGUUCUCAAAAAACCAGACAGCGCUGUGGGAGAUGUUUGUCCGUGGGACACAGGAGAACCAAAGGUUCUCAAAAAACAAGACAGCGCUGUGGGAGAUGUUUGUCCGUGGGACACAGAAGAACCCGGAAGUGUCAAAGAGCAGGCUAGCGCUGUACCUGGUGUUUGUUUGACGGAUCCACAAACAUCAACCGACGUCGCCACUCGCCACAGUGAGCAGGAUGAAGUGACAGGAGAUACGGAGACUCAAACUGACAUCGGCCCAGAACAGACGGAAGAAUCUAAAACAAACCUAGCGUUGGGUCGGCGUGAUGCUCUGUGUCCCUGGGAGUUGACCAGGAGCAGAUCUGGGUCGUUCACUGACAACACUUCAGACGUUUUUACUUGGGAGCCUGAGAAUAUUCCAGAGGAAGACGAGGAGGACGAUGCAGAAUGUGCUGCUGAGGCGUUUGUGUUCCCAACGGACUUGUGA